UUUAUAGUUAUUAUUAUAGUUAUACAUUUUAAAAACAUUACACACGAUAAUUUUAAUAUUUCAGUUUCACUUUAUUUCAAGGUGUCCUUGUUACACGUUACAUGUACUAUAACAAAUUACAAUUAUGGACAAUUACAUGAAAGUAACCCUAAGCCAAACCCUAAUCCUAACCCUAACCAUAGAGUAAGUACAUGCAGUUAAUUAAUAUUACUCAGUACUUAAAUGUAUAACUGAAGAGUUCAGAUGCAAAACCAGCUAAAUCCAUCUGACGUAUUUCUUUAAAAUGAGCAUUUCUUUCUGGCAACUUUUCUAUGUAAGUACUGGCACUUCUGAUUGGGCUGAGGCUGGAAUUUAGCAAGUUUGAAGUAAAAGUAUUUGAUGGAUGUAUACUACGUGUCAGGAGCAUUCACUCAGUACCAUUAUCUCAUUUUUGACCGAGAUGGCUUUUAGCUGGUUUUGCAUCUGAACUCUUCAAUAACACUGUAACAAGGAUACCUUAAAAUAAAUUGUAACCAAUAUUUCAAUAAAUGGUAAAUAUUAAUAUGCUUAUUAGGGAUAAUGACAGAAAUUAGAGUUGUUACUCAACAGUUGUACUGUUUCAGUAAAAAAAAAACGACCCAAAUGCAUACAUGUAAAGGUAAUAAAGGCUCUAGCAAAGGUUUCUGAUCACUGCACUGAGAAAAAUGUAAAAAUAUAGGUGAUUCAACACUAGUCCUGUCUCCUAUCACAGGUGUGCAGUGUUUACGGCAGGUGUCUAACCUUAGUCACAAUUUUAUUACUCUGCACUGUUCAAUAAUUCACAGGCCACACGGGUGACAAUAGCUCACUGUUUCUCUCUCUCUCUCUCUCUCUCACACACACACACACACACAAGCACACUCACAAACGCGACAAGACAGGAGAGGACACAGGAGACGAGGGGGAGACAUCAGUGGGUCAUCUGUCAGUUUGGUUGUUUGUUGUUUAGUCAGUGGAUGUUGUUUAUUUGUUUGUUGUGCCACGGUGUCAGAUAAAGAUGUCAGGACAAAACAGCGAUCAACUGCACCGCACCACUCUGGGCAUUUAUACGAGCAUAAUGGAGAAGUUCAACCCAGGUCUGCAGAGACUGACGGCACUGGGAAACAGCUACAUUCAGGCUUUCCAAGCCCUUGCCGCCACCAGUGAGGCCUAUUUCAAUGCUCUGUCUACGAUGGGUGAACAGGCCAUGCGGAGUAUGUCAUCGCAUUUGCUGGGUGAUGUGUUGAUCCAGAUCUCAGACAGUCAGCGGAGACUCACCCAUGAGCUGGAGGGAGUGUUUCGCUGGUUCCACUCCGAGGUCCUUCGAGAGUUAGACAACAAUGUCAGACUAGAUAAAGAAUACAUAACGGACAGUAGGAGGCGCUAUGAGAUGGAAGUGAGAAACCAGGCAACAGCACUGGAGAGACAGAUGAGGCGAGGGUACCCACAGGACACCAGCGAUUAUGUGCACUUUCUUAGAGAGUGUCAGAGGGAGGCGUUAAAGGAGGAAGAAAGAAGAUAUCGAUUCCUGGCAGAGAAACACUGCGGAUUCACACAGUCUAUUGCUAAUGUUAUGAACAAGACAGGAGUCGGCCUGCAAAACAGAGCAGAGGGGUGGGAAGAUGUGGUGAAUCGCACAAGAGAAUCCCGUCCACGCACUCCUUCACGACUGGAGGACAACAUUAUGGGAGGUGGCCUGCAAAACAGAGCAGAGGGGUGGAAUCACACAAGAGAUUCUCGUCCACGCACUCCUUCACGACUGGAGGACAACAUUCCUGAUGUUAACCGCUGGGCAGAGCAACCACUGGGCAGGGUUCCCUCUAGAGGCCCCUCCCCUCAGCCCAGUCGUUCCAACUCUAUCUCAGGAUUGGCUGGAGGCAGAGUGAUGCGAGCAGUGGUGAACAACCCUCCCUCUGCAAACUCCACCCUCCUGCCGUUCUUCCAAGGAGAAACCAUCACCUUACUCGUUAAAGAGCCGAAGAACGGCUGGCUGUUCGGCCGCUCUGACAGCUCUGGGCGGCAAGGCUGGUUCCCUGCUUCUCACGUAGUCCCCGUGGAUGAACCACUUGGACCACCUGGACCACCUGUCUUAAGCUCUUUGAGAAACAGCAGCAGCAUGAGUAACCUCCUCGACCAACCCAGGAGCAGCAGCCAACAAAUAGCUCCGCCUGCACCUGCACCUCCACCACCACCACCUCCUCCGUCAACCAGGUCCAGCAAUUCCCGGCCGGUCACUCCCACCCCUUCAGAAAACAAAAGACAAGAUGACUAUGAUUCACGACCACAACUGUUUCCAAGAGGCACAAAUCCAUUUGCAACUGUGAAGUUGAAACCCACCCAAACCAAUGACAGAUCAGCUCCACGCAUAUGAUUAAUAUUUCAAGCAAUAGCACUCAGCUCAGCUCCUCAACAAUUCUUCAAUGGCUAAUCAGUGCUGCACAUUUUACUGUACAUUGUUCUGCCAUUUUCAAAAACAUUAAUUUUCCAGUGUAAUCACUAAAAAUUUAGGACAAUGCGACUCAAGAAUGAUCAACGACUAGUCUUUAAAAGUCCAUUACAGCAGGUAAUUAUGAUAAUUUACCUAUAUCCUCAGGCUGUUGGAGGGUCUGCAGCAGCAAACACAAUUAAUAACACUCUUUUAUAUAUAAUGGCCCCAUAAAUAUUGGGGCAGUUGUCACAUGUAAAAAUAUAUGACGUCUGCAAGAUGUCUGUUAAAGAUCGCAUGAUCUGGAAAGCAUCUGCUGUGUGCAAACGUCUGGCAGACGUCUGUAAGAUGUCAGUUUUACAUACAUUCUAAAUCAUAAACAUCUUAAAGACAUCUAAUAAACGUCUAUUUAAAAUCUGAUAGGAAACGUCCAAUAGACGUAUUGCAAAUGAGCAACAGCUCCAAAAAAUACGUCUUGCAGAUGUAAAUGCAGACAUCAAAUAGACGUCUCUAUGAUGUACGUGUGCUUUUAGGGAUAUUUAAACAAACACUGUGAUUUUAACACUGUGAAGUUAGUUCUUCUUAAGUUCACACAGGUUCAUCACACUAACUAUGAACAUGUUGAACUAACAUUUAACGUAACCUGACACUUGUUUUUGUGAAAAGUUUGCCUUGAAAAGUGUCAAGUGAAAACAUGUAGCUCUUUAAAAUAAGUCCAUUGGUUUGAUAUGUCGUCACAUAAUGCAAUUACAUUUUUAAAUGUGGAUUACACAUCCAAAUAUGUAAUUUAAUGGUUCUCUUUUUGUCAUGUUUCCGCCACUAUAAUGAGUAUCAGGUUUUGUAUGCUGGUGUUGUGCUGACCAAACGGGAAAUAUGAAAUGUAAAUGCUUUUAAGUGAUGAGAUAAGUGCGUCUUUUCCAUCUUUACUUUUUAAAUAAUUGUAUAUAAUUUGCAUUAUGCGAGCAAAACGCUUCUUAAAGCAUCACAUGUUCUCCAAAUGCACUUUAUAAAUGUAUACUGUCAUGUUUGUUGCCGUUGGGGCUGGUUUAACUACAGUUCUAUGUGGUCUGACCUCUGAGACCCCAGCAUCUCUGAUAAACCACUAUCGGUCUCUCUCUCUCCCACUCUGUGCUUGAUCUUUGUCUCUCGCCUUAGUUAAUUCAUCUGAUGCGUCCAAUUAUAAGCUGCCCUUAAAUUGGUUGUUCUGUCUGUUUAAGUGCCUAUAAAGUGAAUGCUCAUUUUAACCUUGACAGUAAUUGGUGUGACCUUCUCCUGAGGUCUCAAGCCCAUUAGUACAAACCUGUUUGUACUACAAACUUUGUAGGGAUGUAAAUUUUUUUUUUUUUUUUUUUUUUUUUUUUGAGAAUAUUUUCCUAUUUAAUUGAUGCUGAAUAUUCAAAACAGAAAUAUGUGCCUAUAUUACAGCAGUAAUUUUCAUCUGCCAUGACUUGGCCAGUGAAUACAGGAAAAGAUACAAUGUAGUUUCUCCUGUAGAUAUCUUGGACUAAUUCUUUACACCUUGAUCUGUUUAACAAUUAAAAACAAUGUGAAGUUGAUUCUGUGUGUCAUUUAUUAAGUUUAAGUGAUCAAGAAUGUUUCAUUAAGAAUAAAUGUAGCUUUCUUAUUCACUGCCAUAUAUAUAUAUAUAUAUAUUACACAAUAAAAUUCACACAACUUUCUCA